AUGGGAGGAAGAAAUAUUAAUAAAAAAAGAAGAAAUUCUGACGAUUUUAACGACAGCAGUAAUUCGUCAAUAAUUUUAACUACUGAGCAAGUUACCGAUAUAUCGAAAAAAGUAUUAGAACUCCUAAAACCUUCGAUCGUUGAAAUCAUCAAAACUUGUAUUUCUGAAAUUAUUCCUGAAAUUCUAAAUAAAUUGCCUAAUUUCAACAAUAACACUAAUGCAACACAAUCAAAUUUUACUCCAACAACAAAUUCUGACAAUCUUCCACCUCUUGACCCUUCCCUUUCCUUCGACAUUGUUAAUUUUGCUGCUCUUAAUCCAGAUAUUAUUAAAGAAAAGUCCAAAGUUGCAGUAAUUGAGCGUCUUCCCGACAACGGCCCCGAAAACGACAAAAAUUUAAUUACUGAAAUUGUUACUUCUUUGGGAAUGGGUGAUAAAUUAGACAACGAAAAGCAAAUGUUUCGACACUCUUCGCGCUCAGGUCAAUCAAUAAAUAAACCGAGGAUACUUAAAAUUCCAUUUUCUGAUGUAAAAAGUCGUGACAUGUUUAUUCGUUUAUUCUCACAAAAUAAGAAAAAAUUCCCAAAUUUACCACAUAAUGUUUUUGUUAGGCGUGAUUUAUCUAGACCUGAAUUACAAUUAUUAUACACCCUUCGUAAAAAUGUUUUUAAUACGAACAAAUUUAUUGGACUGUACAAAUAUGUUGUUGUUGAUUUAAGUAUCAAAACUUUGUCUAACCCCAAGCCAUUCAAAGUUAGUAUGACCUAG